AUGUGCCAUUACCACUGGACUCGGGAAAGUGACAGGAGGAAGCCAAGGCUGUCAGCCCUGGAGCUCACAAAUGCUAAAUGGGAGACUUCGGGCAGCAGCGUGCACCUGCCAUCGGGCAUCCCGGUCUCUGCAUGGCUCCUCAGGGCCCUCGAGGGUGAAAGGGAGCCGGAGGGGGGAGAAAAGAAAGCCAGCGACGUGGUCAGGGAGCAGGGGGGAGCGUCGCGUGCCAAACAGCGGCGGGAGGGGCGAGGCGAGGCGGGAGCCUCGUGUGCCAGCCGCAGCCCCACACCUGCCGGGAUGUCCGGACAAAUAAAGCGGUCCCUAGAUGACCGCUUUAUAAGGCAGCCCUCGGAGUUGGGAGGCUGCAGUCCACCUGGGACACUCGAAGAGGCACACGACGCGGAAGAGUGGACGGGUGCUCCGCACCACCGCCUCUCCCGAGGGCGCGCACUGACCAGGAUGUCAGACAAGCUCAAGGAACGCAAAAGAACCCCAGUUUCGCAUAAAGUGAUAGAAAAGCGGAGGAGGGACAGGAUCAACCGCUGCUUGAACGAGCUGGGCAAGACGGUGCCCAUGGCCCUGGCGAAGCAGAGUUCUGGGAAGCUGGAGAAGGCAGAGAUCCUCGAGAUGACCGUUCAGUAUCUGAGAGCACUGCACUCUGCAGAUUUUCCCCGGGGAAGGGAAAAAGAACUUCUAGCGGAGUUUGCCAACUACUUCCACUAUGGCUACCACGAGUGCAUGAAGAACCUGGUGCAUUACCUCACCACGGUGGAGCGGAUGGAGACCAAGGACACCAAGUACGCGCGCAUCCUCGCCUUCUUGCAGUCCAAGUCCCGCCUGGGCGCGGAGCCUGCCUUUCCGCCGCUGGGUUCACUCCCAGAGCCGGAUUUCUCCUAUCAGCUGCACCCUGCGGGGCCAGAGUUCGCGGGCCACAGCCCCGGGGAGGCCGCUGUGUUCCCACAGGGCUCUGGUCCCGGGCCUUUCCCCUGGCCACCAGGCGCGGCCCGCAGUCCCGGGCUUCCCUACCUGCCCAGCGCGGCGGUGCCUCUCCCGAGCCCAGCGCAGCAGCACAGCCCGUUCCUGACGCCGGUGCAGUGUCUGGACCGGCAUUACCUCAACCGGAUCGGCCACGCGCACCCCAAUGCCCUUAACCUGCAUACGCCCCAGCACCCCCCGGUGCUCUGACGCCCACUCGCCCUCCAGAUUUCUCUGCGCUUUGGGUGCUGCUUAGGAGAAAUGCUGUAUAUAUUGUACAAAUAUUGUGUAAAUAUUGUGCCCCCAAAACAC